AUGGUUCAAGGAUGCAGCAGAGUGAUCAAGUUUUUCCUCUUCUUCUUCAAUUUCAUCGCCUUGUGUGCGGGCGUGGCGAUACUCGGCUUCGGCAUCUGGGGCCUCUCAGAGAAAAAUUCCAUGGAGCGCCUCUUAGGUGUAAGCUUUUUCAUGACCAUAAGCAUAAUCGUGAUCGUGGGCGGCGUCUUGAUCGUCCUCAUCAGCUUCCUCGGAUGCUGCGGUGCCGUGAGGGAGAGCAAGACCAUGCUGUGCCUGUUCUCCAUAAUCCUCUUGGCCCUCUUCAUCGGUCUGCUGACCAUUGGAAUCCUGGGGUACAUCUACUGGGGCGAGGUCGAGGCGCAAAUGAAGCAGGAAAUGCUCAACACCAUCGAACAGUACCAGCAGGACGCGGCAGUGACGGACGCCUGGGACACAGUCCAACAGUUUUUCCAGUGCUGCGGAAUAUCAGGAAACAACGAUUAUAACCUGAACAUCUGGAAACGGAACCCCAACUUCCAAAGCAACGCCACACAGGUGCCUGAGUCAUGUUGCAAGGCUCAAGAUAAUGGAACUGUGGUGCAGUGUCAGGCCGACCCCUAUACAUACGCCUACAGUGAAGACUGUUACGUAGCUGUGAGGAACUUCUUCCAAAAUCACUCCGUUGUUAUUGGGGCCGUGGCCAUAGUUGUUGCUUGCAUAUUGUUCCUUGGUUCAGUGCUUGCCUGCACGCUUUUUAACAAGAUACGUCGAGAACAGUCGGCUCCAGCUCAGAGUUCAUGA